AACAUUCAAAGAUCGAAAUCCACACGCUGCGACUGCACCACUUAGCUCGUACACAUUCGAGGUUUUAGUUUCUGAAAUACGAGCGGGUGCAGAUUUUUCCCACGGAUUCGGUAUUUAUACGGAAUUUAGAGUUUUUCGUGUUGGGCCCCGUGUGCUUUGUUUUCUAUGCGGUCCGGAGGCUCCGGGCAGGUCGAACUGGACUCUGCAUGUGUCACUGCAUCGCUUCUAACGCGGUCCGCUCUGUGGUCUCAGUUUAGGCAGACCCUGCAUGGCCCGGCAUCAUGAGUGAGCUGAAGGACUGCCCGCCCCUCAAAUACUACGACUUCAAGCCCGUGGAGCAUGUGAAAGUGUGCCCCCGCUACACCGCCGUGCUCGGCCGCUCGGAGGACGAUGGCAUCGGCAUCGAGGAGCUCGACACUCUGCAGCUGGAGCUGGAGACACUCCUCUCCUCGGCCAGCCGCCGCCUCCGUGCCCUGGAGGAGCAGAGACAGAUCCUCACAGACUGGCAGGACAAGAAGGGAGACAAGCGCUUUCUCAAGAUGGGAAAAGACCCCGACCCUGCUGCCUCGUCUCGACACAAGCCAAAAAAGCAGAAACUAGACGGCAAAGGGGGUCACGGACCGGGUCCCGGUCCCGGUAGACCCAAAUCCAAAAAUCUACAACCAAAAGUUCAAGAAUAUGAGUUCACAGACGACCCACAAGACAUUCCUCGCACUCCCAAAAACGAUGCUCCUAACAGAUUCUGGGCAUCAGUAGAGCCAUAUUGUGCUGAUAUUACAAAUGAAGAGAUCCGACUGCUUGAAGAGCUUCUAAAGGCCCCAGAGGAUGAAGCCGAGUAUUUCAAGAUUCCUGCUCUUGGGAAACACUACUCUCAGCGAUGGGCGCAGGAGGACCUGCUGGAGGAGCAGAGGGAGGGGGCUCGGGCCAAUGACAAGAAGAAGAGCCUCAUGGGAGGGCCGCUCUCUGAACUGGAUGCAAAAGAUGUGGACUCACUGCUGAAAAAAUCAGAAUCUCAGCAUGAUUCUCCUGAAGACGGAUGUCCGUUUGGCCCUCUCACACAGCGCCUGCUGCAGGCCCUUGUAGAGGAGAACAUUAUAUCCCCCAUGGAGGAUUCUCCCAUUCCGGACAUAUCAGGGAAAGAUGCUAACGACGGCGCGGGGACUUCUCCUCGAAGUCAAGGAAAAAGUUUCAGUGUUCCUCACACUCGUUCCUUGGAGGCGCGGAUCAAAGAGGAGCUGGUGGCCCAGGGCCUGCUGGAUUCUGAGGAGCGACCCGGACAAGGGGGCGACUCUGAGGACGAAGUCCUGGCCGAGCUGCAGAAGAGACAGGCCGAGCUCAAAGCCCUGAGCGCUCAUAACAGAGCCCGGAAGCAAGAGCUGCUCCGGUUGGCCAAAGAAGAGAUGCGCAAACAGGAACUGAGGCAGAGGGUCCGAGUGUCGGACAAUGAGGUGAUGGAGGGAUUUCGACGGAUCAUGGCGGCCAGGCAAAAGAAACGCACCCCGACGAAGAAAGAGAAGGACCAGGCCUGGAAGUCGCUAAAGGAGAGAGAGAGCAUCCUCAAGUUACUGGAUGGCUAGAGGCGAGAAACAUGCUGGAAGAGGCUGCUUUUCUCCACAAAUUAACACAGAAUCUAACAGCAGUUAGAGAAA